AUGCCGGAAAAGCGCAAGUUCGACGGUGGGGAAGCGGGUGACGACAAACAGGAAGCGAAACGUUUCAUCAGCGUCAGAGAGAGAGAGUCCGGCAAAGUGGAGAAUUAUGCCAGCAAAAUCAGGGCCAACGAGAAGAGUCAUGGUCCACUGAAAACCAUACUCAAGCCCAAACGUCCAGUGGAGCGAAAAGCUGUGGAUGACGCUUCCACGGUGCAGUACGGAGAACUCAAGAACAAGGAAACCGAGCACACCAUCGCACUGAGUGUCUGGAACGAGCACUUCGCCCCCAGAAAGACGAAAUGGGGCACAAAUUUCAGGCACCGUGUCUGGGAGAAGCUGGAGGAAGAGACCCAGAUAGCCCGACGAAAACUGAUCGUCCAGAUCCACUCCGUCACUGGAAAGAAUCACGUCUACUAUCUCUGCAUUCCGAAGGCUGCCAAGAAAGAAAAGCCCAGCAGCGGAAAUGGCGGCAACAGAAUCAACCAAACCCCUGGUACUGCCAUUGGAAAGACCACAGCAACGACCACUACCAACAAGACUUCAAAAGCUGAAGCUACGGCAAAGACACCCACUGCAACCCCUGGACUCGGCAAGCCAGUAGCACAGGGGCCCAACUCGCCGCAGCGAAGACUCGGAGAGCAAUCGACUAAGACCGAGCACCCCAAGCGAGCAGUCGGACAAGGCAGUACUCAGAAUAGCAGAGAGGCUGGAGCGGUGGCAGAGCAGGCAAACAAUCAGAGCGUGGUGCCCAAGAAGUGA